AGAUAAAUUCUUUAUUUGUGGAAAACAACGGAAGUGGGGCUAUUUAGGCACCACCAAUGUUUAUGUAUUAUAUUCAUAUGGCGGAGAAUAAACACAGCACCCUGGAAGUUUGAGCUUUGGGUAUUAAAAAAAGAAAAAGAAAGACAGCAAAACGUUCCUGGGUCACUAUCUCCUUUUGCUCCUUUCUGACUCCUCAGGCAAGGUGCAAUUCAAAUCCUUGGAUAACCUCUCAAAUAUUGUCAAGCUGCUGUUCAAUGUUAUGCAGAAAUAAGGAAAGAAAUUUGACACGGAUACACUCCACAUCUGGGCUGCCUGGGAAAAUAUCGUCUUUGAGGUCAUUCCACUCACUAAGUCAUUUUUAUUAUUGUUCUGUCUGUCUAUUUUCUGGUAGAGUCUCAAUGAAAGAUGUGUGGCCCUAAUCAUGCAAAGCCGAUCUGGGGGUGGAUCAGUUGUUUCUUCUCAUCUUCACGGGAUUUGGGCUCCCCCAACUACCUCCGUCGUCUUGUAAAACUGGCAGGCUCUAGACGUUUUGCAUGCUGAAGAAAAUCACUGUUUUGCCUCCAGCAAGGAACAUAAAUGUUGCAACACUGACUCCUCCUCUCAUGAAGAAAGAGUGAACAAGUGCACCGAGUUGAGCUUCUUCUCACAGAGCCACCGGGCUGGGGACAGUGGAGCGGAGGCUGAAAUCCCCAGACACCAGUCUUCCGGGCUGGGCUUCCUGCCUUACUCGCUCCUUCUCCCUCUUUCUGGAUUUUACCGACCGUUCGCCAAACAGCUUUCCACACAAUGGAGCUCCACGUCCUCGUGCGGGAAGUGCUCACCGGCUGAUUUUGCAGACUUUGCUCCCAGGCAAAACUAAAGAGCUCUCCUAUUUAUGGAGGCGAACACUGAGGAUGCUUUCCACAUGAACCCUGAAGUGAACUUCUGAUACAUUUCCUGUAGCAAGAGAAGGCAGCCAACAUGAAGGAAAAUGUGGCAUCUGCAACUGUUUUCACUCUGCUGCUUUUUCUCAACACUUGCCUCCUGAAUGGACAGUCACCUCCUGGGAAACCUGAGAUCUUUAAAUGUCGUUCCCCCAAUAAGGAAACAUUCACCUGCUGGUGGAGGCCUGCGGCAGAUGGAGGACUUCCUACCAAUUAUUCACUGACUUACCACAGGGAAGGAGAGACACUCAUACAUGAAUGUCCAGACUACAUAACCGGUGGCCCCAACUCCUGCCACUUUGGCAAGCAGUAUACCUCCAUGUGGAGGACAUACGUCAUGACAGUCAACGCUACUAAUGAGAUGGGAAGCACUUUCUCGGAUGAACUCUAUGUGGACGUGACUUACAUAGUUCAACCAGACCCUCCUUUGAAUGUGGUUGUGGAAGUAAAACAGCCAGAAGACAAAAAACCCUAUCUGUGGAUUAAAUGGUCUCCACCUACCCUGAUUGACUUAAAAACUGGUUGGUUCACGCUCCUAUACGAAAUUCAAUUAAAACCCGAGAAUGCAGAGGAAUGGGAGACCCAUUUUGCUGGGCAGCAAACAGAGUUUAAGAUUCUCAGCCUACAUCCAGGACAGAAAUAUCUUGUCCAGGUUCGCUGCAAGCCAGACCAUGGAUACUGGAGCUCAUGGAGUCCAGAAUACUCCAUUCAGAUACCUACUGAGUUCACCAUGAAAGAUACAACCGUGUGGAUCUCUGUGGCUGUUCUUUCUGCUGUCAUCUGUUUGAUUAUUGUCUGGGCAGUGGCUUUGAAGGGCUAUAGCAUGGUGACCUGCAUCUUUCCGCCAGUUCCUGGGCCAAAAAUAAAAGGAUUUGAUGCUCAUCUGCUGGAGAAGGGCAAGUCUGAAGAACUACUAAGCGCCCUGGGAUGCCAAGACUUUCCUCCCACUUCUGACUAUGAGGACUUGCUGGUGGAGUAUUUAGAAGUAGAUGACAGUGAGAAUCAGCAUCUAAUGUCAGUCCAUUCGAAAGAACACCCAAGUCAAGGUAUGAAACCCACACACCUGGAUCCUGACACUGACUCAGGCCGGGGGAGCUGUGACAGCCCCUCCCUUUUGUCUGAAAAGUGUGAGGAACCCCGGGCCAGUCCCUCCACAUUCUGUGCUCCUGAGGUCAUUGAGAAGCCAGAUAAUCCUGAAACAACCCACACCUGGGACUCCCAGUGCAGAAGCAUGGAAGGCAAAACCCCCUACUUUCAUGCUGGUGGAUCCAAAUGUUCAACAUGGCCCUUACCACAGCCCAGCCAACACAACCCCAGAUCCUCUUACCACAACAUUGCUGAUGUGUGUGAGCUGGCCGUGGGCCCCGCAGGUGCACCAGCCACUCUGUUGGACAAAGCAGGCAAAGAUGCUUUAAAGUCCUCUCAAAUCAGUAAGCCCAGAGAGGAGGGAAAGGCAGCCCAGCAGAGGGAGGUAGAAAGUUUCCAUUCUAAGACUGACAAAGACACGCACUGGAUGCUGCCCCAGGAGAAAACCUCCUUUGGCUCCACUAAACCCUUGGAUUAUGUGGAGAUUCACAAGAUCAACAAAGAUGGCGCACUAUCAUUGCUACCAAAACGGGGAAAUAACACCAGCCAGCCUGAGAAGCCCAGGGAUCCUGAGAACAGUAAGGAGUAUGCCAAGGUGUCCAGGGUCACGGAUAACAACAUCCUGGUGUUGGUGCCGGAUCCGCACACUAAAAACGUGGCCUGCUUUGAAGAAUCAGCCAAAGAGGCCCCACCACCACUUGAACAGAAUCAAGCUGAGAAAGGCCUGGCCGACUUCACCGAGACACCAAGCAACUGCAGGCUCCAGCUGGGUGGUUUGGAUUACCUGGAUCCCGCAUGUUUUACACACUCCUUUCAUUGAUAGCUUGACUAAUGGAAUGAUUGGUUAAAAUGUGAUUUUUCUUCAGGUAACACUACAGAGUACACGAAACGCUCAAGAAUGUAAUCGGACUGACACUGCUAAAGCUCCCAGCUCCUUUCGUGCUCCAUUUUCAAACACUUGCCUCUUUCUGCAACAGCUGAUUCUAGAACAAAUCAUUCUGUUUCUUAAAUGUGAUUUGUAGAUUUUCUCUUUGCUAUUAGUUAUAAAAUUGUGUUUGAUGAAAUAAAAGCACACUGCUUAGUAUUCUUGAGGGACAAUGCCAAUGGGUAUAUCCUCUGGAAAAGGCUUUCAUGAUUUGGCAUGGGACAGAUGGAAAUGAAAUUGUCAAAAUUGUUUACUAUAGAAAGAUGACAAAUAGGUGGAAAAUGCCUUGAAAAUUGCUUUUAAAAAAACAAUUAUAUAACCUUUACACUCCUCUUCCAUUUUAUUAGGAUUAUCCAAAUAUAACCAUAUAAAGAAAGAAUACAUUCCAGAAAGAAUUGUUUACAUCAGUUCCUAUACCUUACUGACACAUUGCUGACAUGCGAGUCAGAAACAAUGCCUCCAGUUUUUUCUUAAAAUAGUUUAAAUAUGUUAGGCAUGGAUUUUCUUCCCCUGAAUUCUAUUUUAUUCUAAAGCCUCUUUAGAAUAUGGUUUGGAAAUUAAAAUUUUCUUACACAAGGGGCAAAUGAAUUUCAUGUGAAUCCUUUUAGGAUGUUUUCCUGCUUCAUUUCAGCAUGACAGAUAAUUUAUUAUACACCCUAGUCUUUUCUUAGUGAAAAAAAAAUCCCUAAAUACUAACUUUAAAAGAAAACCACAGCAGGAUGUUAAUGUAAUUACUGCCUUACUGUACAUACAAAUUCUACUUUAAUAUAAACCUAUAAGUUUAACAAUGUAUUUUUGAAGACUAUUUUUCUAUCACUUAGGUAAAAUAAAAGACUAUUUUCUAUUUUCCCAGUACAGCUGUUUAUGUAUUCAGUGGGUACAGUAUUUUUCUGCUCCAAGGUUAUAAUGUGUAUUUACACUACAUAGUAGUAUAUGCAUUUCCUCUUUGUGGCGUAAAAUGCCAUACCAACCUAAAGCCCACUGUGAAAUAUAAAGUGAAUGACAAAAUUCCGUUUUCAACACAAUAUAGUAUAGUUUACCUGAUUGUUUUAAUCUCCAGGACGCUUUAAGCAACAACUACCAACAACAACCACCUAGGGAUUUAGAAUUCUUCACAGACCAGAAAUUAUUUCUCCUUUGAGUUUAAGGCUCCUUUGGGACUCCUGCUCAUCAAUGGCUGAAUCUUCCUAAAGCUACCAUAAAAAGGGAGACUGAUGAUUUCUAACAGCUGUUUGAAAGAGAGAGGCUUUGUUUUUGUGAGAAAUCUUGGACAGCAAAAUAAUAUUUUUAAGCAAAGCCAGGAGUCAGUGUCUCUCUGAAGUAAAUUCAUCUGCAAAAUCUUGGCAGACGCAGACACAGAGCUCACAUCAGAAGUGUCCAAAUAAAAGUUCUAGGAAACUAGGUAUUUGUAGAGCAAUGGGCACAGUUCCAAAGGUCAGAGCACGGUAGUGAGAUUUCCUAGUCAGUUCCAAUGCCAGGCUUCCUGAAAGAAGUCAAAGCUUGGAUUUUCAUUUUAAAGGACGCAUCCAUGACUCAUCUAACACCCUCCCUCUGUUUUUCCCUUCACUUGAUGGCAAAUCUGUUCUAUAUGUCCACUUACCAGCUGGACAUAGAGAACUUGAUCUCACCUCUGGGAUUUAAAUAUUCCACCCCAACUCGCCCAGAUUGAUAGCAACUGGACUCAGAGGUCCCCCUCCUGUUAGAAAGUGAACACGUUGCCAGCGUUUUGGGAACGGCAAAAGCAAUAGACAUGAAGCUCUAUUUUCCUAAUAUAUAAACAAUAUCAUGUGAGUAAGGGAAGCAUGUGGGAAAGUUGUCCAAGCUCAUUCAGUCCCCCAGAUCCUCAAUACUUACAUUGUCUGAGAACCAACUGCAUAGGCAUCACCUGGGCAGUGUUUGAAAAUUCCAUUUGUAGAAUCUUAGGCCCUACCUCUAACCUAAAUAAUCAGAAUCUGCAUUUUACUAAGAUCCCCAAAUGAUUCAAGUGCACACUGAAGUUUGAGAAUCACUGUUCUAGAUAACCAUUUCCACCAAAGGUUGUUUUAGUGCAUAGAAACAAUCCUCUUUUGGAAAAGACAGAUCAAGUCUGUUUGACUUGCAGUGAACAACACUGCAUGUACGACAGCAAAAAAAAAGAAACAUAUCAAUGAUUUAAGAUUCACGUUAUGCUGAAUCUUCUGUGAAUUCACAUAAAAGAAUGACAUGCAAAAGUACACAUAUGUUCUGAAAGACCAAGGAACAUAUUCUACCUUGAGAAGCAUUGACCAAAGACGGUUACCCUCAAAGCCAAUGCAGACUAAAUCUUUCCUAACAUAGUAUAUUCUUCUCUAAGAAUAUAGAAGAUAUAUGUCAGUCACUCUUAUAGUUUGAAAACCUAAACAUAAAAGUAGUCUGCUUUUGACAUAUAAUUUUGUAUAAUACAUAUGAACAAAUGUUACAGCUAAGGAAUUAAAUCCCUAAAAAAUACCAAUUAGCCGCUCAUUAAGUCAAAACUUUAAUUCUGUGAUCAAUUAGCAAGCUAUAUGAAUUAAGGUUUUUUGUGGUCUAACAAGAACUUUUUCUGUGAUCUAUCAAGGAGAUAGCUGUUCACAUGGAAGGAUACAUAUGGGGCAGGGGAUGAUCAAGAGACCUAGAUUCUGAUCCUAACUGCUUUGCCUUGGAGAGGUUAAUUCCGCUCUCUAAGCCUGUUUCCUCUGAAGAUGUUGGACCAAAUAAUCGCUAAGGUCCUUUGUAACUGACUCCUUGAUUCCAUAACUCACUGAAUGUUUUUCUGCAAAGAUAAUUCCAACCAAUGCCUUCUAACUUAAUUAAGCUAACAAAAAAUUGCUCUUCAUCACAGAAAUACAAAGUAAUCUUCAGCGAUGUGCUCUUUAUACUUUGCUUUCUAAAUCAUCACUUCCACUUGGUCUUAAUAUAUUGCACUGCAUUUUAUAAGUGAUACGUGUGCGGAAUCAUAUUCAAAUAUUAUGUGCAAAUAUAUGUGUAGAAAGAAGAGGCAUUUUAAAAAGGCAUGAGAUUGAAAAGAGACAUAUUGAAUGAGGCACUAAUCUUUAGGAAAAUGAUCUUUUACUGAAUCAAGUCAUGCUCAUUCCUUGCUGAAUCCAAAAGCCCCAAAUUCCUUUUCUUAUAUCUAGCUGUUAAUUAUUUUUCUCUCAUCAUCCGAGAUUAACCACCAUUGCACAGUUGGCUUAAGGAUCCUUACACUCUGAGUUAUAAAAAGUUGCAUUUUUAUAAACAAAAACGUAAAUAAUCAAGUUUUAAGGCACAUGGAAACUGAAUCUAGUCAGUGGGUGAUUUGUGUAGCUUACAACCCAAAUAGCAAAAUGUUCCAAUUCAUUCUAAAAGAUAUGUAUAAGCACAAGUUAGUAUCAGCCAUGCCAGAUAUUAACAGACCCUACAUUUAUUAGCUGUUUUAACAGACUCUACAUUUUCCUAAGUGCCUAAAACCAAUCCUGGUAGUCACUUAAGUGCAAAAGGCUCAUUUUAACUGGCUUGGUCCAAAGGAGUCAAUCCUUUACUGCCUGUACAAGAUCUGGACAGUUUUGCUCUUUGUCUUGUGAUGUGCCAGCUGAAUGUGAAAAGCCUGUGAGUGAUUGAGCAACCAGGGGCCCCUGCAUUCCAAGGAGCAGUUUGGCUCUGGGGAAACUCUGACUUUGUCUUUCCUGAAGUGUCCACCACUGCCCAUCAUUUGCAGAAAGACUUGGCCCUGCCUUUAGCAACUUCCCUAUCUCCUUAGAGUAGACAAGAAAGAAACAGAUUUGUGCACAUUUUACAAAGUGCCUUCCUCUAGUUUUUUUUUUUUUAAGUUUUCAUUUUGCAAGGAAAAAUGUGUUGAUUAGAAAGUAGCAUUUGCCUUUAUAGGGAUAUAUAAAGAGAGAGAUAGAUAUACAGAUAUAUGAAUGAAUGGAGAGAUGAGGAGAAGCCAGAAAGGGCACAACAAAAUGGUCUAAGGGCCAACCAGCAACUGUUCAGUGAAUGUUUAUGUUUUUUUUAAUUGAAUCAACACAGAGCUAUUGUGAAUGUGUGACUUACUUUGCCUGAUAAGAAAUUGAGUCUGACUGUGAUUUUGGGAUAAACCUGCCACCCUGUGAUUUAAGACUCUCCAUACUAAAACAUACUGAUACAUUUUUGAAUGUCAUUGGCUCACAUGCCUAAACCUGAAGAGAACAAUGCCUGCACAUUGGAACUUUGCACAUAGAUGGAAAAAUAUAAAUAACUUUGAAUUACCAUCACAAGUGUUGCUAACAUAGAUGUGCCAUUGACGAAAGUCUCACGUGUACUUGAGUGAACAAAUUUCGUUUUCUACCUUUUCGUCUCAAGCACAAUAAUGCUGCCACUAAGACAGUGACUGAGCACUCGAUGUCCAAGACUAAAUCGCAUCACCACCACUAAGCAGAUGUAAGUCCCUGGAUGAGUCUUUUAAACUCUGGCCAUUAGGUUCCUUACUUGUUAAAUAGGUGGGUUGGCCUAAAAGGUUUCUAAGACCUCUGUCAGUUCUGUCUUUGAUUCUCAUUAUCUAGGUAAAAUCCAGGGUUUCAGGUCAAAGUCCUAGGUGCAGUGGAAGAAAGACUUGCUGACAUGCCCUUGGCCUGAAGCCAUGAACACGUGAGACUGUGUAACAAUAUUUAACAGAAAAACAGAGAUCUGUUCCUCCAAGUCAGAUUGAUAUAACAUCUUUGCUUUUCCUUUUUCUUCCAAGCUUUACAUAUUUGUAGGGUUUUUACUCCUUCUCCAGAGCCUACUAUUUUUCCUCAGAGUAGCAACCAUAGAAUCCACAAGAAAAGAAAUUAUUCAUAAGCAAUGACUUUGGCACUACGAAAGACUGAGUCAGAGUUUAAAUCAGUUCCACAGAUCUCCAAGCCCAAGUUGAGGAUCAUAAGUAUACCCCAUUUAAAGAUUUGCAUGCUUAGAGACUAAGCCCAUGUUCAUUAAUUAUUUAGUUAAUUCAAAGGCCAUUUAUAAAUCCAUGCCCAGCCUGAGCAACAUAGUAAGACCCAGUCUUUACAAAAAUUUUUAAAAUUCCAGCCAUAGUGACCAUACCUGUGGUCCUAGCCACUUGGGAAGCUGAGGCCAGAGGAUUGCUUGAGCCCAGGAGGUUGAGGCUGCAGUGAACCGUGAUUGUGUCACUGCACUUCAGCCUUAAAGAGCAAGACCUUGUCUCAAUAAAUAAAUAAAUCUAAGCUAUGUUGAUGACUAGAUACUGGAGGUCUUAAGGAAAAGCUUUAAAAAUACAGAGUGAUUGCUUCAGAGAAAUCCUAUUUAUAAUUAUGAUCUGAACUUAUUCUAUGAUUAGCAAAUGUAUCAUACAAAAAUACAACAGGAGUUCUCACCCCAGACUUUUAUUUUGCAGGAUGGUGACUUUUGGUCUGGCAACCUCAUGACACCCAUUUCAAUAAAAGGAAAAGGACAAUAAAAUAGGAGAUAGGAAGUUUCCAGAGAUUUGGGCAUCUCAGGAUUCCAUGAAAUGCUGAGACUAACCCACUAAAUCCAAUUUUUAUUGGACAUGGUAAAUCUAAAUCUGUUCAGUGUUUUGAGUUUAUGUCUAAGAGAGGUACAUAAUUCACAACACUAUAAUGCUGGCGGCUGUUUUGUCCACACCAAUUCCUUUGAUUUAACGCUCUGAUUUCAAUUUAGAAAAUAUUGAGACAUGCAAAGUCUCAAAAUAGGAAAAACCUAUUCUGUUUAUAAGAUGUGGUCAAUAAAUAGACCACAGAUAAUCUUAAUUAACAUUCUACUUGCUGCCGAUUAAAAAGAAAAAAACUUCAGCAACUGAAGUAGGAAUAUAAAAAACAAACUUUAAUAGUUAUGGUCAAAUUAUGCUUCACUUGGAUAAAACUCAAAAUGUAGUCUGAGGUUUUUUGGUGCACAUUUUGCAAAUCCUGGGGGAAACAUCUUUUUAUCAUAUUAUCUGAAAAACUGUAUGGCAAAGAUACCUCUGAAAAACAAUUUGUUUUAUAAAAUUCCUGAAAAGACAAUUUUGAAUUUUUAAAAUUAACUACUUCCCCUUUGUGUCCUAAUGUCCUUCCUUCAAAGCUGCUUAUAGUUUAGAAAUGAAAGGUGUCAUGUCUCAUGCUUUGAUUGCUUUUCAGUGGCAUGUUUGAUAUGUUUGCCAAGUGGCAUUUCUGACUUUACAGUAACUGUUACAUUAUUUUGUACUAUAUUGCUUUAUGUGGUUCGAAAAUAGUUUACACCACAUUGAAAUAUGUAAUCCUCAUGUUGUGAAACUCAUCAUGUAAUACAAAUGAAAAUCAUUACUUAAUAACUUACAAUCUAUUCGUAUGUAAUUUCAAUAUGAUUGUAUCUAUGACUGUAAAACAAACUGAAAAAAUAUGUAAUAUAUUUCUGUUGAAACCGUGAA